AUGCAAACCAUCGCUGUCUUUACAGUUACUGCCGUCGUGUUUCUCUUUAUAUCGAAUGGAAACAUCUAUGGUUAUCCAUCAGCAUCACACUAUCAAGCAAUUGCUGAUCAUGGACACGAUUUCGAAGUCUCGAAAUCACAGCCAUUUUCCAACAAUGAUGAUUAUCAUGUAACAUCGAAUCUUCACGAGCAAAAUCGACGAUUGUUGCCAUUUAUUUAUUAUCCUCAUAAACGUUUAAUUGACUUUUAA